UAGAGUCUGGUGGUCUAGUUCUGUAAACAUUACACAACGUGAUGUGAACUGCAGCAGAUUGCUUACCAUAAACAGUGCACAAUCAGAUAUUUUCUUUAUUCGUCAAGCAGAGAAGAGCCCGACAGAAAUAACAGACAGAAGUUGAUGAUGGCUGCAGAUUCAGCAGUGUCUAAUGGAGGAGAGAACAUCCUCACUGACAGCGAUGAUGAUAUCCUGAGUCCUAAUGACCUGUCAGAAGUUUUGGCAGCUGGAACCAAAGAGUCUCACGACAAAGCUGAGAAUUCACCAUUUGUCAAAGACUUCCUGAGGGGCAGAAUUAAACGGGAACUUUUUAAGCUUGGCACCACUGCCCUGUAUUAUGUUUAUUCUGCCAUUGAGGAGGAGAUUGAGAAGGUUAAGGACCAUGCAGUAUUUGCCCCUCUCUAUUUCCCCUCUGAGCUUCACCGGCAAGAGGCCUUGGCCAAAGAUCUGGCGUAUCUCUAUGGUGAAGAUUGGGAGAGCCAAAUCUCCUGCUCUGCUGCCACACAGCCCUAUGUAGACCGCAUACAUGAGGUGGGUCGCGAUGACCCAGUUCUUUUGGUGGCACACGCAUGGACCCGUUACAUGGGUGACCUAUCAGGAGGGCAGAUUUUAAAGAAAGUGGCUCAGCGGGCCCUGAAACUGCCCCCGACCGGUGAAGGCUUGAACUUCUACCAUUUUGAAGGCAUCCACAACCCCACGGCCUUCAAGAGGCUGUACCGCAGCCGGAUGAACGAGCUGGAAGUGGACGCAGAGACCAAAGACAAGCUGCUAGAUGAAGCCAACCUGGCUUUUAAAUUUAACUUGGAUGUAUUCACAGAGUUGCAGGAGAUCGGGAAAGACAUAGAAGAAGAAGUGCAGGACAUUGGUCCCCAUGCACAUGGAGAUAUGGGUGGAGAUAUUAGUAAAUGUCCAUACUAUGCUGCCAAAAUGGCGGUGAGUGGAAACACAACGUACGCGUGUAAUUUCGCCAAGACACUGCUUCGACAUUCAACAGUACAGGUGAUUCUGGCCACAUGGGUCGCUGCUGUCGCCGGAUUGGUUGCCUGGUACCUCAUGUGAUCACCUUUACACUAAUCAGAAAAUAGGAAUUCUUCAUGUUGUACAAAGGUUGCUGCUGAUUCUAUAACCAUUUAAAUAAUAGGUCUCAAACUCCAUUCCUGGAGGGCCGCAGC